AUGAUAGUAAUUACUUUGAUUUUAGGAAUUGAUACACGUAUGCCAACUAAAAACCUUCGUGAAUAUAGAACAAUACUUGGAAAAAUUAUUAUGAAAGGAACUGAUCCAGCAUCAAUUCCAUUUCAACAUCUAAAUAUAGAUAAUCUUAUGACACAAGUUUCUAUUCAAAAACCAUAUAUAAUCAAUCCAACAGGAAAAAUAUCUAUUGCUUGUAUUAAUUGUGAAUUUGAUGGUUUAUUUUUGAGUAGUGAUCCUGGUGAUCCACAAACUCAAUAUCCAGAAACUAUUACAAUUAUUGAAUCGUGGAUUACAAGUGAAACUAUUAAACCGGUAUUUGGUAUUGGUCUUGAACAUCAACCAUGUUUAUUAGAAGGAACUCAACGUUGUUUUAUAACAUCCCAAAAUCAUGGCAUUAUUCAUGAUUCAAAACCAUUUUUUAGUGUUCAAUUUUACCCAGAACAUUGUGCUGAACCACGUGAUACAGAAAAUUUAUUUCAAAUAUUUCUUGAUGUUAUUCAAUCAUAUAAAUCAACUAAAUCAAUUAAUGUUGAAACAUAUUUAGUUGAACAAUUAACAAAACAUUGUAGUACUGAUAAUGCACCACUACCAGCAUUUUAUAAACGAGUUAAAAGAGUUUUAAUCUUAGAAAACAAUCAAGUAAUAAAAGCAAUAAAUGAAGAUAAUGUCUACACUGUAGUACUUAAUCAAAGUACUUCUAUUCCUCAAACUGCAAAAGAUCUUUUAAAUAAAGUAUAUCCGUUCUCAAUAAUACCAAACUAUGUUGAACAAAUUCUUCGAAUUCAUCGUCCUGAUGGUAUUUUACUUAGUUUUGAUGAAGAAACAGCAUUACAUUGUGGUGUUCAUUUACAUGAAUCAGGUAUUCUUCAAAAAUAUUCAUGUAAUGUAUUAGAAACAUUGAUUCAAUCAAUUCAAAUUACUACAGAUCAAUGUUUAUUUACACAAGAAAUGGCUGACAUUGGAGAAAAAGUUGUAUCAUAUGAAGUUGUUAAAUCUCUUGAAGAAACGUUGAUAUCAGCUGAACGAUUUGAUCAUCCAGUUCUUGUCUGUGCUACUUUUCCUGAGGGGGAUCGUAUAUCAGGUUAUACCGAUAAUCGUAAAGAAUUAAUUUCUUUAGUUACUUCAAUAUUAGCUGGUUUAUCACAAUCAUUAAUUGAUAAAUCACAAUCAUCAAUUGAUAAAUCAAAACUAUUAAUUGAUAAAUCAUUUAAAGAUUGGAGAAAAAUUGAAUAUGAAGUUGUCCGAAAACAAUAUAAUAAUUGUAUUGUGAUAUGUAAUAUGGAAAAUAUUGAUCCAUUAUCAUGUUGUACUGAUCAUUCAAUUGUUGUUGCAUCAAAUCAAACAUUAUCAAAUGAUGAAUAUAAUUUAUUACGAAGUGUAUCAAUUAAAUUUAUUCAUCAUUUGGUAAAUGCAGGAUUAUCUCGUUUAUCUGCAUUAGCAUCAAAAACAACUGGUUAUCCAUUAGCAUAUAUAACAGUUAAACUUGCAUUUGGACUGAAUUUAGCUGAAUUAAUAAAUAAUAUUACGAAUCAAACGUGUGCUUGUUUUGAACCAAGUCUUGAUUAUGUUGUAAUUAAAAUUUCAAAAUGGAAUUUAGAUAAAUAUGAUCAAUGUUCAAACAAAACCGAAAGUAGUUCAACAACAGCUAUUCGUCACCGUUAUAUAAUCGAACAUUUAUAUGGUUUAACAAAAAUCAACCGAUGGUUUUUAUAUAAAUUUGAAACAAUUCUCAAAUUUAUUUUUACACGUACUGAUCGAUUAGUUGGUGCAAGAAAAUUAUUUUUAUUUCAAGCAAAACAUUUAGGUUUUUCCAAUCAACAAUUAGCUAAUUGUCUUGACAUGUUUGAAGCUGAAGUUUCUCAAGCAUGUGAACAAUGUGGCAUUCGACCGUUUAUGAAGCAAAUCGAUACAGUAUUUGGUGAAUGA